GGGUCACGCCCGGCCGCAGGUCAUUACACGUUUCCCAUCUAACCUUAUUCAAGACCGAGGAAUGCUCUGCAUCAUGACAUCCAAGAAUGAAGAUACUAUCUAUAAGCCAGAUCAGCUGGCCGAGGUACCCUCCUCAACUCCUUAGUCAAGGCUAAAUGUUCGUUCAAGUUCAAAUCAUGAUUUCUAGCCUGGGAGGAGGAGGAGUUUUUUUACACGUAGGGAAAGGUGUUGUGCUCAGGACCUCGUGGAUGUUCAAGGGUGUGGGGUCCGUCGCGUUGCGUCUCUUGAGACAUCCCUUACGGCUAUAAAUUUACGAUUUACAGGUUCUUUAUCGAGCAAUGAACUACUCAAGGUCGAGUUGUGCCUGCGGUUUCGACGCCCAAGAUGCCAUCGACACGAAGAUUUCUUUACCUUACGCCCGCCAGGAUUCGUCAGAAUAAUGCUCGCGGUACAUGGGCUGCUGUCCUAGCGCUUGUAAUUCGAACACGGCAUUCUCAACCUCAACGUCAGUGCCAUACUCCAAUCGGAGCUGCGUGCACUGCUCUACCAGUACACUUGGAGCUUACCAAAGAUGUCCUACCCGCUUUUCGUUCACAUUAACGACCUGAUCUCAGAGAGACGGUGCCGAGUGCUUCGAGUCAAUCUCUGUCGAUCCCCUCGGCUGGCUGAAGUCAGAAACCUAGUCUCCACUUCUUGCAAGUUUUGAAAUGUGUACUGAGGUAACGCAUAGCCUCAAGUAUUUUCACAUGACAAUGAUGUCGCCUUUCACAGUUCACGACUUCAAGCCCAGUGUUUCUUGACUUUGUUCUCCUAGCCAGACGUCCUUGUCGUUUGCGAUAUCUGUUGACAUGGCCUACGCGGUCCGUGAGGCGUCCACUUCCAAUGAGAUCGGAUGUCUGUAGCUGGUACGUGGGGUACAUUCAAAAGUACUGUGCAUUACACCAUUGAGCACUUUCUCAGCCUCCAGGGGGUUGAUUCACCCCUUUGGAUCAUUUGCAAGAAAGGGAGGGAGGGAGCCUGCGUGGGUGUUUCAAAAGUUGGGCCUUACCGUGUACCAGUAGUGAGCGUCAGUGACAUAUAAACCUGACCAGAGGGCCGUGACUGGGCUGUGUACUCGAACAAACUAUACCUUAAAGCUGCGCCUGUUCCUAUCCCUACCAGCAGUAGAGGUCUAGCUAUAAACUCUAUCUAACACAGGACUUACUACUUUACAGAUAUCAUCAAAACAUCCUGAAUUCAAAUCAUGAUCCAUGAUAACAUCACGUUUCACUCCCGGCAAUGGUUUGCCGCCGAAUCGCCUGUCAACUUGCCAUGCGCCGCUCAGAUGUGCAGACCUGUCAAUUAUCCAUAACUCUUGGAUAACUGCCAUGGAAGCGGGUUUUGUGGAGCGUGGGAUUUUGACAGCUUAAUGGAAGUCUGUGUUCACAGCCUCAUUCGCGCUCCCGGCAUACACAGACUUCUUUCAAAUUUGUUCCCAGAAUGAUUGAAAGGAAAACUCAAACGAUAUAAAUUGCGAAAGCAUAAAGACGAGUCACCGAGAAUUCAUCGUUACCCUUUUCAUCACGCUCUAAACACCUUUUCAUUCUUCGCUUCCCGCCCCCCUUCAUUCCAAAAUGGGAAGUACUAAUACGUUACUGCAGCUGAUUUUCUCGUCUGCAUUGUCGGGCGCUGCCAUUCAUCAACUCUUCAGAACUCAUGAACCGACGAGGGCAACACUUCCCCUCUACUUGACAUUACUCUUCCUGUCUCCUUUCUGUCUUUCCGUUGCCAUUUCAUCCGAUAAUUCCACACCACUAUCGACGCCACUCUCAUACAUUUCCUUCUUCGCAUGUUUAAUUGCAUCCAUCAUCACAUACCGCCUCUCGCCGUACCACCCUUUAGCAGAUAUCCCAGGACCUAGGUUGUUCAAGAUAUCUAAGCUGUGGAGAGCCUAUAUAUGUUGGACGGGAGAACAACAUCGGGCGUUGAAAGCGCUUCACGAUGAGUACGGAACUAUUGUUCGGACUGGUCCAAACGAGGUGUCAAUCAUUGAUGUUUUCUCUAUGAAAGCUGUAUUAGGUCCCGACGGGCUUCCGAAAGGUCAAGGAUACCAAGUCCGCCGAGACGUUCGAACCGAGGGAAGCCUACUCGAACUUAUUGGGGAUCCUCAUGCUGCUCGUCGAAGAAUAUGGAAUCGCGGUAUGAGUACUGAAUCACUUCGGGAGUAUGAAGUCAUCAUUGCGAGGAGAGCGAAUCAGCUUGUGGAGGCGUUGCAAGCUCGAGAUAAGAUUGAUUUGGCUAAGUGGCUGGGAUAUUUCACCGUUGAUUUCAUGGCUGACAUGGCAUUCGGAGGCACUGCCGGUCCUCAAAUGCUCGAGAACGGAUGUGAUAAACUCGGAUUACUCUCCUUAAUCGAAGUAGCCGCAAAGACCUCAGAAAUACUCACACAUAUCUCCUGGAUCUCGCUCCUCCCGGGUUACCAAACGGUACUCGCAAAGAACGUUCAGCGGAUGUUGGAUUUCGGUCGUGAAUGGUCAAAUUCCAGGGUGACUUCCGGUGCGCAGACGAAGGAUUUGUGGUAUCAUCUUACAGACGAAGCUGGGAUUGAAAAGACACCACCAUCCAGAGAAACGGUGACGAGUGAUAGCGCCCUGGCUAUCGUAGCUGGUUCGGACACCACUGCGUCCGCGAUGACCUGUCUGUUUUGGUUUUUGCUCGCGAAUCCAGAGUGUUAUAAACGGUUACAGAGGGAAGUGGAUGAGGUGUACCCGCCUGACGAGGAUGCGAUGGAUACGUCGAAGCAUCCGAGGAUGAAGUAUCUCGGAGCUUGUUUGAACGAAACACUACGGUUGAUUCCACCUGUUCCUUCUGGUGGACCUAGAACUGUACCUAGAGGAAGUGGAGGAAAAGAAUUGGCUGGACACUUCCUUCCCGAAGGCACUCAAGUCUACAUCCCUCCAUAUUCCGUCCACCGCCGUCCUUACCACUUCUACCCUAAAACCGAAUCCUUCCUUCCAUCUCGCUGGUUAUCCGAUCACGAAUUCAACCCAACUUCCAACGCUCCCUCAGACCCCCGGAGAUCUGCCGACGGUGCCGGCGAGGAGGAAAUUCUAAACACUGAAGCCUUCAUUCCUUUCUCAUACGGUCCUACGAGUUGUGUAGCCAAGAACCUCGCUCGAAGGGAGAUGAUGAUGGUGAUAGUUCUGCUCAUACAACGGUUUCAUUUCCGGUUUGAGGAAGAGUUUGAAUGGGAGACGUGGCUUGAUGGGAUACAGGAUUACUUUGUGGCGUUAAGGAAGCCGUUGAAUGUUCGAGUCAUUAGUCGGCCCAGGUGUUGA